AUGACGCUCCCAGUUGUGGUGCUGCCUGGCAACCAAACACUUCCCAAGUCUUCAAAAAGUCCUCAACAGCGGUGCCCAGCUGCGGUGCCCCGACACAGUUUUCAACACCCGAGCGCGAGAGGCCCUCGCGUGCGCGUGAGGCGAGUCGCGGUGACAAUGGCGGUGACCACGAAAAGCGACGGCCAAAUGGAGCGCAUGAACCUCGCGGAGUACGAACAGCUGCUGAAAGACGCCGAGGCCAAGGUUGCAGACGCGGAGAGGCGCGCCGAGGAGGCGGAAUCGCGGAGCCGAGAUCGCGAGGCGGAGGCUGCGGAGGCGUUCGAAGCCUGGCGGAAGCGGCUCGUGGAGGUUGCCGCGGACCAGGUCGCGGAAGAGGCGAGCGAGUGGCAGAAGGUUGUGGAGGAGAAGGACGCGGAGAUCGCGCGGCUCCGGGCGGCGGCGACGGAGGGACCGCCGGAGUUGCACACCCGAGUCGCGCAGGCCGAGGGGCGAGCCUCGGCGUACGAGAGACUCUUCUUCAACCACGUCGAAUUCAUCCGCGAGUGCGCGAGGAGGGUGCCGGAGAGCAGAUCGUACUGGGACGGCGUCGGGCACGAGCUGCGCGCCGCCACGGAGAAAACGGAGGCUGCGCUGCGGGGCGAGGACCCGCCGACCGCGACCUCGGGGGGUGUCGACGCCGACGACGACGGGGAUGGCGGCGGGGUCGAGGGCGCCGGAGGGUCGGGCACGUCCACCGCCGUCCAGACCCCGAGCGGAGGAUCGACGCCGUUGACGUCGCCGAGCAAACCGAGGGUAAACAGAGGCGUGGCGACCGAGCAGGCCGCGCCGGUGCUGCAACCCGAGGCGGCGAAGGAGCGGCAGAGGGCGGAGGAUGCGGCGAGGGCCAGGGCUGAGCUCGAGUCUAGGAUGGCUUCGGGCGGGGACGGGGGCAACGCGGCGUCCACGUCGUCGUGGUACUGGCCGUUCUCGUGAUGAAGUUCGUAUGGAUCUCGUAAUGAAAAAACCGGCAGUCAA